UCAUGCCAUUGCCUGAAGAUUCUUCAAUCACUAUGUCAAGUGACACAGAUGUUUCUCUUUCUUCAUAUGAUGAAGAUCAGGGAUCUAAACUUAUCCAUAAAGCUAGAGAGGCACCAUUUGUCCCCAUUGGAAUGGCAGGUUUUGCAGCAAUCGUUGUAUAUGGAUUAUAUAAAUUGAAGAGCAGGGGCAAUACUAAAAUGUCUGUUCACCUGAUCCACAUGUGCGUGGCAGCCCAAGGCUUUGUUGUGGGAGCAAUGACUCUUGAUAUGGGCUAUUCCAUGUAUCAAGAAUUCCGGGCAAAACCUAAACCUUAGAAGAGGAGAUGCUGUCUUGGUCUUGG